AUGGCAAUUGUAGCCAUAAAGAAUGCUAUAAAAGCAGUUAUAUCUUCUAAAUCGAAUGAUGAUCAACAGUCUCCUUUAUUAAAUGAUUCUAGAAAUAAUAGUACGUAUGGUUCCAAUUCUCAUGAUUUAGAACAACAUAUUGUUCAAGCUAGCGAUAAAUCUAUUUCAUCCCACGAUGAUCAUAAUGCAUCAUUAACACAUAAUAUAUUUAGUUCAAUAGACCCUAGAGUCAUUAGUGAUCUUAUUAUUGGUUUAAGUGAUGGGUUAACUGUCCCCUUUGCUUUAACCGCAGGUUUAUCCUCACUAGGAGAUUCUAAGUUAGUCAUCACUGGUGGGUUCGCAGAAUUGAUUUCUGGUGCUAUAUCGAUGGGUUUAGGUGGUUAUCUGGGGGCUAAGAGUGAAAUGGAUUAUUAUAAAUCAGAAGUUAAGAUAGAGAGGAAGAAAUUCUUUGAAGAUACAACUAUAGUGAAUCAUGAAGUUGAGGAUAUUUUAUUAAAUAUUAACCCUAAUUUUAGUGAAGAAACCAUUGUAUCAUUUAUAAAGGAUCUUCAAAAUGAUCCAGAAUUAAUGUUGGAAUUCUUAAUUAAAUAUGGAAGAAACCUUGACGAACCUGCAGAGAAUAGACAAUUAAUAAGUGCUGUAACAAUUGGUGGUGGUUAUUUAUUGGGUGGGUUCGUACCUUUAUUCCCUUAUUUCUUUGUAGAUAGUGUAGGCACAGGUGUUCUUUAUUCUACAAUCUUAAUGGCCAUCACAUUAUUUAUAUUCGGUUAUUCUAAAGCACAAUUAUCAAUGGGUGAAACUGCUACACCAUAUAAGAAGACAAUCGAAGGUGUAGAGAUGAUGGCAGUUGGUGGUAUUGCAGCAGGGGCAGCUUGGUAUUUUGUCAAAUUAUUAGGUUAA